AUGUUAACAUCCAACAACCAUUUAAGUAAAGCUUUUAGAGUUGAAUUGGCUGAGGAACUAACGCAAGACUAUGGAAUUCCUGAAGAUCUAUCUGUGAAGAUUACAACAACAUAUUUGAAGCUCUUCAGAAAAUGUCCUGAUAAUACAAUUUACACCUUGGAUACAUGGCGCAUGACUUUAUGGAGUAAAGCACUAGGAGAAAAAUACUCAUAUUUAGCAAGAAAAAUUUAUGAACGAUGGUUAUAUCUACGAUAUUAUUAUUUGACUCUGGCAUCAGAUAUAGUUUGUAUGCUCCGUCAAUUGAGGGUAAAAUACCUCUUAGGUUUGAUUACAAAUGGCCCUUCAAAUGCACAAUGGGAGAAAAUACGAAAACUUUCUCUAGAACAAUAUUUCGAUGUAAUACUUGUGUCAGGGGAUCUACCAUGGGAAAAACCUGAAAGUGAAAUAUUUCGAAAAGCAUGUAGAGUUUUAAAUGUUAAACCAGACAACUGUGCAAUGAUUGGUGACAAACUGGAAACUGAUAUCCUAGGUGGAAUAAAAGCAAAUCUAGGAUAUACAAUUUGGAUUCCAACAUUGGAUAAACCAUCCUUAUUAAAAAGAGAUCUACAACCAAAUUUUAUUAUAAAACACGUCACAGAUCUUUUAAGUAUUUUAAAUGAAGGUCUUGAUGUAUCAGAAUUUGAAGAUUCUUCUUCAAACGCAUCAGAUGGUAGUUGA